AUGCUAGACGAUAAACAAUCGUCCAUCGUCCGUCCGAAAGCUGUACCACCUAUGUUUACACCUGUUCUCACACCUAAUUCUCAUUCAUCACCAAUAAUGCAAACUCCAAAUCGACUAUCACAACAAGUUCUGACUGAAAUAGGUACAAUGAUACGUAAACAUGAUCGAGAAGCAACACGUCUAUUCGAUUGUAUCGGUCAAGUUAAAGCAUUUUCAUAUAAUUCAACUG